AUGUUCGGCGAGCGCGUUGCGAAGCGCGCGCGAAAAAUGGUAAAUUUUUUAAAACUGUUGAUGGUAUAUGGGAAGCCAGUAUCACCAGCGAAACUGGCCGAUAUUCAGUCCAUAUUACAUCUCAUUCCACAAGAUGCACAAAGUUUUUAUAAUGGUCUCAUUAGUGAUGAUGCAAUAGAAGAUGAUAUAAAUGGACUAGACACGGUAGAUUUCGAAAUGCAAUUUGAUGAAAACAUCGAAUAA